GGCUGAGAAGCGGCCGCCGUCCGGCAGCCGGGGCGGGAGCAGGGCUGGGUGUAGCCGUCUCCGAGCGGGAUAAAAACUCGUCCCCGUCCGCUCCCCUCUACCACAGCGCUCUGGUUGCCGCCGGCCGGCCUUCCCCUACGCGUGGCGCCCGGGAGCCGCUGGAGGUGCUGACUAUGAAGGUGUCAGUACAGGCUGUGGCAGUGUGGGGGAAAAUAGCUCCUUCUCACAGCAUCACUGCUGUUAUGAUUACAGAUGACCAGCAGACUAUAGUUACGGGAAGUCAAGAAGGACAAAUAUGUCUCUGGGAUCUUUCAUCAGAAUUAAAGAUUUCUUCUAAAGAAAUUCUCUUUGGCCAUACUGCUUCUGUAACGUGUUUGGCAAAAGCAAGAGAGUUUGAGAAACAACCAUAUGUAGUAAGUGCUACUGAAAAUGGGGAGAUGUGUGUUUGGAAUGUCACUAGUGGACAGUGCAUUGAGAACGCAAAGCUUCCUUAUAGGCAUACAGCCAUCUCUUAUUACCACUGCUCAUUCCGAAUGACAGGUGAAGGCUGGCUUCUUUGUUGUGGAGAAUAUCAAGAUGUUCUUAUUAUUGAUGCUAAGACUUUAGGUGUUCUUCACACUUUAUCAUCAUCUCAGUCUUCUGAUUGGAUAAAUUGUAUGUGUAUUGUACACUCUGCAAGAAUUCAAGAAGACUCAUUGGUUGCAAUGUCUGUAACCGGAGUUCUUAAAGUGUGGGACCUAUCUUCGUCUUUGAAUAGCAUACAGGAGAGACAAAGUGUGUGUGAGAAGGAAUCAAAAUCUCUGGACUGUAUAAAUUGUCGAGCAGUACGGUUUUGUACUUACACUGAAAGGCUCCUUCUAGUUGUGUCCUCCACAUGCUGGCAGGUCUAUGACUAUUGUGAUUUCUCCUUGCUUUGUACUGAGUUCUGUAAAAGUGGUCAGUGCUUUGCUGGUGGAGAAGUACUAGCAGCUUACAGACUUAUCAUCUGGACAGAAGAUGGCCACAGUUACAUCUACCAGCUGCUAAACAGUAGGCUUUCUAAAAGCAUAUAUUCUGCUGAUGGGAAAGUGAUGAAAGAAACUGUUUAUCCUCAUUUACUCUGCUUUACUGGUGUGAAGGAAAAUAAGAGUUUUCCUUUUGUCAUGGGCUUCAUGAAUGAAAGGAAGGAGCCUUUCUAUAAGGUUCUUUUUUCUGGUGAAGCUUCAGGAAGAAUCACUUUGUGGCAUGUUCCUGAUGUCCCUGUGUCAACAUUUGAUGGUUCGCCAAAAGAGAUCCCAAUUACAGCAACAUGGAGUAUUCAAGAUAACUUUGAUAAACACCGUUCAAUGUCAGAGGGCAUUAUUGAUCAUCUUUGUGCAUCUAAAGAUGGAAUCAAAAGUGCAGUUGUCAGUUCCUCUGUAUACAUACCCAGUCUUGAUAAGCUCGUGUGUGGAUGUGAAAAUGGGAGAAUUUUUGUAACAGUAGGUUUAAAAACUGCAAGAGCAAGACUUUUGGGAAACAUCUCUUUUGUGAAAGAUAAUCUACCUUAUAAGGUUCUGAAUGGUCAUAGUAGCAGAGUCACUUGUUUACUUUAUCCUCAUGAUAAAUCGGUAAGAUUUGAUCCAAGCUGGCUGUUAUCAGGGGGCCAGGAUUCUGUCGUGAUCUGCUGGGAUAUAUUUACUGGAGACAUCUUACACCAAUUUAGUCUGCAAUCUGGUCCAGUGACAGAGCUCUUGCGAUCUCCAGAAAACUACAGAUUAAAAGACAACAAUAUAGUGUGCUGUGUGUGCAGUGAUCACUCAGUAGCAAUUUUACACCUUCAGAAGAGAGUAUGUCUCUUACAUGCCAGAAAGCAUCUGUUUCCUGUGAAGAAGAUAAAAUUUGACCCUGUUGAAAAUCUGCUAAUUGUUGGAUGUGAAGAUGAUUCAGUUUAUAUCUGGGAAAUUGAAACAGGCACAUUGGAACGACAUGAAACAGGUGAAACAGCAAAAGCAAUUCUUACUUCCACUGAAGAUUCAGAGGACUUAGUGGCAGAUGCUUUGCUUCCUGUAUCUCAGGAGUCAAAAAGAAAUAAAAAUGCUGGACAAAAGCACUCUAGCUCUUAUAAGCAUGGCAUGGUCUUUUACAAUCUUACUCAUAACGAAAAAUCUUCAGAUAAGUUAACUGAUACCAGCUGCAUCUACCAGCCUUUUACUAUUUUACCAGUUAAGACAAAAUGGAGCAAUGCAAACUUUCAUAUUCUCUUAUUUGAUCUGGAAAAACUUGAGGAGCUUCUGCUGUCAUCUCAACUCAAUGGAUUAAAGUCAUCGAAUUCAUUCCACAGCUAUGACAUUCUAGAAAGAGCCAAAAGUACUACUGAGAAAAGGGCGCUGACGUUAAAAAGAAUUAAAACUGCUGGCUCCAUAUCUCCAGUGGAUGGGCAAGUAGAUACUGUUAGUUCAAACCAGGUCUGUAGGGAUAAUAGUGCAGCUAGGCCUUUGGAAGAAAGUGGUGGCAUGAAAAGGCAAAAAAAAAUGAAGAGUUCAAGAAAGAUUAGAAUACAGCCAUCAACUAACAUUGAUGUGAAUGUCACCACUGAUACAGCUAAACUGCUUUUGUCGUGUCUCUUACCGUGGGGUGUAGAUAAAGAAAUAGACAAUCUUUGUGUUAGACGCUUAGAUAUCUUGAUGCUUCAGUGUCCUGUUUCUUUUGGACUUGUGUCAAAUGAAAACCACCUAUCACUAAUGUUGCCAGGAUGGAAAUGUACUGAUUGUUGUGUGGUAGAAGAAUGUGCAGUAAUCAACUUGUUUUCAAAGAGAGUGCUUGAUUUAUCAAACAAGUACCUUGCUGCAACUGAAGGACAAACUGGCAUGAAGGAUGGACCCGAGAAUAACGUUUAUGGAACAAAGGGAUUGGAAACAGUAUUCUUCUUAUUUAGCAGAAUAGCUUUAAUCAACAGGAUAAUUAACAUACCUUCAACAAUUACAGGUGAAAUUGAGAGUCCACAGAAACCAGAACCUCUAUAUGACAAGUGGCGAAAUGUAGAAGCAGGAACACCUUCAUUUCCCAGUUUUUAUGGCGAGUUAUCAAGCAGUAAAAGUAGAUAUCAUUCCCCAGACUCUGGGAGUGUUUCAUUGCUGAAACUCAUUUAUUGUUGGAGUGACCAAUCUAUAAAGAUUAUUGAGGCAAUGCAAGCGGUGCUUCUGGCAGAAGUUCAAAGGACUAUGAAUACCUUGAGAAAAACUGCAAUCUGCAGAGAGCCAUUGGCCAUAGUAGAAAAUGGAAGUGUCAGUGCGCCGAAGCAUGAAAGGAGCUCCACCUCGGCAAACUUCCAAGACGUGGAGGAUGCGCCUGACAGAUGUGUCCUGGAAGAGCCUGAGAGUCCAGAUGACAUGAAGCCACAUCCCUGGAUAUCUAAGGUGUGCUCCUGUAAGGUGUGUUAGAAAAACCUGCAUAGCCGAAAGAACUAGAAGAUGCACAAGACCAGCCAAGAAAUAGGAUAUAUGUGGUGUGGCCAUGAAACAGCCAGUUGUAUUUAUUAUUGUGUACCUUUAACAAUUCAUUUUCAGAAGAAAUACCUUCCGUAAGAUCAACUUCGUUUUGCUGAUUUAUUGGCUUCAGUUCACACUUCCAUUUCUAAUGGAUUUAUAUUUAUUCAAUUAAAUUUAGAUAGUUCUAACAUAGAAAAUAUCAACUUUUUAUUUUUAGAUGCUUUUCACUAGUUUAUGUAGUGAUACCAAAUCUUACAACUUUGAUUGACCAUAAAAGCUUUGCAUCAAUUUUAAUAUUCUUUUACAUAUACCAAAUUUAAAUUUUUAUCUCUCCUUGCUUCUGACUUUUGUUACCAAUAACAUUUUAACACUCAGCGAAACUAAAUGUGCUUGAAAUAAUUAGAAUGUUUGUUUGCAUUUAAGGGAAGAAUGCACAUUUUGAAGUAAACAUGGAAUACUUAGAAACAUCUAAAAUACAAAGACCGUUCUGUGCACAGGAGAGCAAGGGAAGUUGAUUAUAAGUCUGGUCAUGUCUAGGAUGUAAAUUUUCCUCUUCUAUAAAAACUGCCAUCACCAUCAUCUGUAGAAAUGCAGUACCAAAAUGAAGUUGGAGAAGCCCAUUGGAGUCCUCUUCUGAAAUUAUAUACUUCAUUGAAUUUCUGUUUGUGCUCAUUGGGAAAAGCAGCUAUACAUUUUUAUCUUUAAAAAAAAAUAUAUGAUUAUGUUUGAAGAAUAUUUGCAGCUUAUUAGACUCAUUUAUCACCUUACAUGCUGGGGAAUUUAUGCUGGUUUGACAAAUAACAGCCACUUAGAGCAGUAAGCUCACUUUUCGUAGUACCAACAGUCAGAGCACUAAUGGAGUCAAAGGGACUUUUCUGGAUCUGUGGUGGAAAUCGUGGUGUGAUGUUAUCCUUCCUAAUUGUCACGUAACUAGGAAAGUGAAGAUUUCUUCAGUGCGGAAAGAUCCUCUGGCAAUGAAUCUCUUUUUUGCUUGUGGGGAAAAGUCACGGCUGCAGGAGUGACAAACCAGGUUGCUGUUGCCCUACUGUGGCUUGAGACAGACACGAAAUCUUCUUUCUUCUGCUUUUUUAUAUUCCUUGUGUCCGUAUCUCUAAGUGCAGUGUAUGGCAGUGAGGUCUUCGGAAACAUUGAAAGGAAGGACCUGCAAAUGCGGAUUUCAGGUUUUAUUCAGUGAAAUAAUUCAUUAAAAUUAGUUGCAAUCCAGAGAAGAUAUUUAACUUUACUUUUCCAUAAUUUUCAAUAACAUGCAGAAAAAUGACAUCUUUUUGCAGUAAAGUCGCUGUUUUUUACGCAUCUGUUAUUUUUCAGAAACAAUUUUCCUUAUUCUUAGAAGGCAUUUUCCUAUGUAAAACGUACCUUUUGUUUGUAUUUGAGUUGUGGUAACCAAACAGUCUGGGUGUGGAGAGUUAUGGCUUCAUUGUACUGGAUGUCUGGAGUAAUUUCAUUUACUUAUUUAACUUGUACAAUGCAACUGAGAGCAGAACGUGUCUUAAGCUGGCAUACAUCCUCUUCUAAACUUUGAUCGUUCAAUCAGAGAUGCAAACAUCAAGAAGGUAAAAAUAAAAUUGCAAAUCUAACUACAGGAAUUUGCUAACACUACAGGAACCUUGCAGACAGUAAAAGAAAUGCCAAACAAAGGAUGGACCUUGCUGUCUCCUUUGGCACACGUCCUUGUCAGCAGUCACCUCUAGUCUUCUACUGGCACUGAAAAGUCCAUUUCCCUUCACAACAAACAUUCCUGCUCUGUGUCAGCACCUGCUCACUUGGGCCUACACUGUUCCGAGUGCCAGGGGAACAAAUCUCCUUAAAACUAUUUCUAGUAGGUAUUUUAAAACCUGAUGUGUUCAGAGAGGUCUCAUAGCUCAAGGAAUUGGCGUUGUCCCUAACACCCAGCACUGCUAUUGUAGCAAUUACAUUUGUGCAACACAAUAUUUGAUUGCUUGUCUUUAAUUCUGCAAAGCAGUGCACAUCAGCAGGCUGCCAAUACAGACAGCCCUUUGGAACGGUUUGUGCGGUGAUGACUGGUGUUUGGCACAUGCUUGUGCGUGCUUUGUGCUAAUUAUAAUUACAGUAUCAGUAAGGUAAGGCAAAGAACUUUUUUUAUUAGGUACAUUUAUUUCCCAGUAAAGCAAAUAUA